AUUCUUUUUGCCAUUUAUCAAACAAAAAAAAAACUCUCUCCGUUUUUCAGAUUCUUCGUCUUAAUCAAGUUUUGAAGCUCUGAUUCUGAGAAAUUUAGCAAAGCUUCCGAUACAAGAUUGAGAGACGAAGGUUACGAGAAAGUCUCGGAUCUCAGGUUUCAUGCUUGAGAUGGAGAUUGCACCGUCUUCAUGCCCGCUUGCUGAGUAAAAUUGGUAGGUAAUCUGACAAGAGAUGACCAGGCAUCGUUUUAGAGAGUCUAUAAAGUCCUUCUUUGCGUAUCAUGUCGAUCCAGAAAGGGAUGAGCAGCUUAAAGGAAGUAAAAUAGAAAUUGAUGAAAAUGUGGCAACAAUAUUGAAGCUCAUUAAGGAUGAAGAUGCUGAAGAAAAUGGAGUUCCAAUAGCCAACUCCAAGAAGGAACCUCUUGUUCGGUUAAUCGAGGAUUUCCACGAACACUACCAGAACCUCUAUGCACAGUAUGAUCAUCUCACAGGGGAGCUGAGGAAAAAAGCUCAUGGGAAACUAGAUAAAGAUUCAUCCUCUUCGUCAAGCUCGGAAUCAGACUCCGAUAGCUCUACAAAAAAUGGGGGCAGUAAAAAUGGAAUCUUGGAGAGAGAAUUUCAUGCAAUAGAUGAAGGCAUUAAACAAGAACUUGAAGCUGCAAAUCUGGAAAUUGCUGAUCUUAAGCGGAAGCUGGCAGAUACAAGUGAAGAAAAAGAUGCUUUGAAUUCAAAUUAUCUAGCUUCUUUAAGCAAGGUGCAAGAAGCAGAGGAAAUCAUCACAAAUCUAAAGCUUGAAUCUGAAAGAUCAGAGAGUGAAAAAUCAAAACAUGUGGUUGAGAAUGAAGAGCUGAGGCAGAAGCUGGACACUGCUGCUAAGAUGGAAGCCGAGGUGAACCAAAGAUUGGAGGAGUUGCAUAGAGAAAACAGUCAAUUAAUUAUAGAGAAAGAGGCCUCUGUUAAAAGAAUUGAAGAUGGCGAGAAGCUUGCAGAAGAUCUUAGGAGAGAAGUUGGUUUGCUGAAGGAGGAAAAUUUAACUUUAAAGCAACAGCUGGAAUCUUCGGAACAGCGAGCUUCGGGAGUGAGCCAGAGUCUUAAUGCCACGAUGGAAGAGAAUAACUCAUUGAACUCGAAGCUCUCUGAGGUUUCAAAUGGGAUUCAGCUGGCACAGGGCACAAUACAACGACUGAUGGCUGAAAUUAGUCAAUCGAAGGCGGAUCUGGGUGACAGAGAAAAGGAACUUGUGAUGCUCAAAGAAUUGCAUGAAGUGCAUGAGAACCAAUCAUCUGCUAAGAUAAAAGAAGUAGAGGCACAGGUGACAAGCUUGGAACUCGAAUUGGAACAAUUGCGAACAACAAACAGAGAUAUGGAGCUUCAGAUAGAGAACAAAGCAAGUGAAGUGAAACAGCUGGGAGAGGUAAAUAUAAGGCUGCAAUCCCAAAUUUCAGAACUCGAGAUGAUGUCAAAACAGAGAGAAGAAGAACUUUUGACUCUCUCAAAGAAAUUCGAGGACAAUGAGAAAGAAUCGAUGUCUAGAGUGGAAAAUUUGACAAUUCAGAUCAGCGAUCUGGUAGCGGACUUGGAGUCACUACGCACACAGAAAGCUCAGUUGGAAGAACAUAUUGCAUUGAAAAGUGAUGAAGCAUCAACUGAAGUCAAGAGCUUGAUGGAUCAAAUAAAUACCUUGCAGCUGGAGAUGGAGUCCCUGCAUAGCCAGAAAGCAGAGCUGGAAGUUCAGCUUGAGAGUAAAACUCAAGCUAUCUCAGAUUAUGUGAUUGAGAUAGAAAAGGCGAAAGAAGAGAUAUUAAUCAUGACUGAGGAUCAGCAAAGAGUCCUGCAGGAGAACGAGGGUUUGCUGACACAAACGAAGGAACUAGAACUUGAGGUCAAUUAUCUAAGGAAUCAGAAAGGUGAAUUGGAAGAGGACUUAAGAACUAAAAUCGAAGAGGACGGUCAGCUGAGGGAGGAAAAUAGAGUACUGCAGUCCCAAAUUUUAGAGCUCGAGAUGAUAUCAAAAACGAGACAUGAAGAACUGUCGACACUCACAAUGAAGUUUGAGGAUAACAAGAAAGAAUCAUUAUCUAGAGUGGAGAAUUUGACAUUGCAGAUCAACAAUAUGGUAGCAGACAUGGAAUCAUUACGCACCCAGAAAGCUCGGUUGGAAGAACAUAUUGUAGUGAAAGGCGAUGAAGCAUCGACUCAGGUCAAGAGCUUGAUGGAUCAGAUAAAUACUUUGCAGCAGGAGCUGGGGUCCCUGAAUGACCAGAAAGCAGAAUUGGAAGUGCAGCUUGAGAGGAAAAACCAAGAUAUAUCAGAUUAUGUGAUCGAGGUAGAAAAGACAAAAGAAGAGAUAGUAAGCAAGACCGAGGAUCAGCUAAGAAUGGUGCAGGAGAAAGAGGGUUUUUUGACACAAAUAAACAAACUAGAAUUUGAGUUAAAUUCUGUGAAAAAUCAGAAAGGUGAGCUGGAAGAGGGCUUGAGAACGAAAAUUGAAGAGGACGGCAAGUUGAGGGAGGAAAAUACAGCACUGCAAUCCCAAAUUUCAGAACUAGAGAUGAUAUCAAAGCAGAGACAAGAAGAACUUUUGAUUCUCACAAAUAAUUUUGAGGACAAGGAGAAAGAAUCAUUGUCUAGAGUGGAGAAUUUGACAAUGCAGAUUAAUAACCUGCUAGUAGACAUGGAGUUGUUGCGGACUCAGAAAGCUCAGUUGGAAGAGCAUAUUGUAGUAAAAGGCGAUGAAACGUCGACUCAGGUAAAGAGCUUGAUGGAUCAGAUAAAUACAUUGCAGCAGGAGCUGGAGUCCCUGCAUAGCCAGAAAGCAGAACUUGAAGUUCAGCUUGAGAGUAAAACUCAAGUUGUUUCAGAUCUUGUGAUUGAAAUAGAAAAGUCAAAAGAAGAGAUAGUAAGCAAGACUGAGGAUCAACAAAGAGUUCUGCUGGAGAAAGAGGGCUUGCUGGCACAUACGGAGGAACUAGAAUCUGAGGUCAAUUCUCUUAAGAAUCAGAAAGGUGAACUGGAAGAGGACUUGAGAACGAAAAUCGAAGAGAACGGCCAGCUGAGGGAGGAAUUGGUGGGUUUACAAAAUCAAAUCUUUGAAUUAGAGAAAUCAUUGGCAGAAAAAGGGCUCGAGUUCAAUGCCCUAGUGGCACAGGUCAAAAACUUGCAGCAGGAGUUGGAUUCGUUACAGACCCGGAGAAAUGAACUAGAGUUGCAGCUUGAGAGAGAGAAACAAGAAUCAUCAGAAAGAUUGAUCGGGUUUGAGAACGAGAAGUCCGGACUGGAAAGCCAAAUUAGCAAUCAGCAGAGAACACUAGAAGAACAGGGCGAGGCCUAUAAGAAGUUGGCUGAGGAAUACAAAGAGGUUGAGGGCUUAUACCAAGAGUGCAAGGCUAAUCUUGAACUUGCGGAAAGGAAACUGAAAGAAUUGUCUGAAGAAUUCCAUAUAAACAUCGAAUCUAAAAGUCAGGUGGCAGCUGAUAUGAAGCAAAUAGUCGAGAACCUCCGACGAGUAUUUCAAGCAAAGGAAUAUGAGAAAAAUGGCCUCGUCAAUCAGAUUGCAGAUCAUCAAAGAAUGCUAAAAGAACAAGAUGAUGCCUUUAACAAGCUAAACGAGGAAUACAAACAACUUGAAAAUUCAUUCGGGGAGUGCAAUGCAACCAUUGAAUUCACAGAAAAGAAGAUGCAAGAAAUGGCAGGAGAGCACAAUACGAGCAUUCAAUCGAAGGAUGAAAUAGUUGCCGAGUUGGAGCAAACCAUUGAAGACUUGAAAAGAGAUGUAGAAAUGAAAGGAGAUGAGCUCAGUAGCUUGGUUGAGAAGGUCAGCAAUAUCGAAGUUAAGCUCCGGCUGUCAAACCAGAAACUUCGAGUCACGGAACAAUUGCUAACCGAGAACGAAGAGAGCUACAGAAAAGCGGAAGCAAAAUACCAGGAAGAACAAAGACUGCUUGAAGAAAAGGUCUCAACAUUGUCUGGAAUAAUCGUCACGAAUAACGAAGCCUAUAGCAGGAUGAUCAAAGAUAUCUCUGAGAAUGUGAAUAGUACAUUGAUUGGAUUCGAAUCAAUCAUCGAUAAAUUCGAAAAGGGGUGUAGAAACUACGAGCAUCGCAUCGAACAAACAUCGAAAGAGCUGAAGAUCGCAAGGCGUUGGGUUGAAGAGACGGAGAGUGAAAAGAAACGGCUAACGAAUGAAGCGACCAACAUGAUCGGGCAACUGAAAGCUCUGAAAGAAGAAGAAUCUACGCUUCGAGAGCAGGCGGAGAAACUACGGAUUAAGGCACACAAGGAAGAAGGCGAGAAGGAGAAUCUGGUGAAAGCCGUGGAUCAGCUGGAGAAGAAGGUGGAAUUGUUGGAGAAGAUGAUGAAAGAGAAGGAUCAAGGCCUACUUGGACUGGGAGAGGAGAAGAGGGAGGCCAUCAGGCAGCUGUGCUUGUGGAUCGAUUAUCACCGCAGCCGCUGCGAUCAUCUCAAAGAAAUCAUGUCUAAAACUAUCAGAGUCCAGAGGACAGCCUAGAGGUAUUCUUCUUAUUUCUCAUAUUGUCCAUUGGGGUCUUACUUUUCAUUAUUUCAUUGUUUACCCCCUCUUUUUUUAAUAAGCAUUCUCAGGUAUUGUGUGUUUAGUCAGUUUGUGUUUCAUAAAACUUAGUUUGCCUGUAAAGAUAAACAUACGGUAUAACCGUUUAUUAGGGGAAAAUAUCGGUUUUUGAGCAUAUCUUCUACAUAGGGGGUCAAUCAA